GUUCUCUUGUGUGUAGGACUCGCAAUAGUUCAACUGGAACUGGUUCCUGUCACUCCAACCGUUGUCCCCAGCUCCUUAAACACUCCUUCCAACUUCCCAUGCACUCAAGACACCAUUUCAUCUCCAUCCUUGCCACUUGGCAGACCAUGGCAUGUAGCCUUCGAGGUCAACUGGGAUAGGAUGCCAGCAGCUAUUCGAAAGGCACUGACAAAUAAUACAAGACCAUCACCAAGCGAUAGAAAAGAUAUGGUUAGGGCAGUGGUUGAUCAGAUGUUGGAUCAUGAGCCUAACCCAAACAGAACAAUGUGUCACAACAUUGCUCGAAGCAUUGUAAGGAGCUAUCCGAAAUGUUUUGCUGACGUUGCAAAAAAUGGAGACAUGCUUGGAGAUGGUUGUCAUUCUUUUCUGCAGCAAAUAAAAACUAGGGUGGAAUAUAAAACCAGGAACAACACACUAGUGAGACGACGCAGAGAGAGGACGCACAGUCAGGUACCAGAUGAAGGCAGAGGCAUGACUAGAGGCCCUGUAGAUCAGUACGGCUGUGUAAGGUGGUGUCCUGUGGAAGUCCCAGUUGGCGAAACUGAGCAAUCAUUAGAUGGCAUCAAAAGUCAUCUCCUCAACAUCUACUCAGAGGAAGGCAUGAGUGGUGCUGAGAGAGCUGAACCUCUGAUGGAGAAGACCUAUAUCAUCCAGCGACGCUAUCUUAAUAGUGUACCUGCGCCAGCCAUUGCAGUUGUAAAAGAGGAAUGGCCUUUUCUCUUUUCACCAAGAGGUAUAUGUUCCCACUUUACUCUUCUGACCGAUGUCUCCAUCCUCGUGAAGUUUCGAGAGGCCCUGGAGAACAAAUUCAACACCAUUCUGAAGUUCUGCCAAGAAGUCAACUGUCAUCAAGGCGUGAAAGAUGUUUUGGCUUGUUUUGAACCGGAGGCUUCAGACAAGGCUACAUGCAUUCUUCUCCUUCUGAUGGCGUACUUCAAAGAGCCCAAGGAUGCUAUUGUGCUUGAUGUUGAUCCUUGUGCCACAGCCACUGAUGUAGAAGGGACUGUGAUGCUACCAAGCACCCCUCGCUUGAUUGUUCAAGGUGACAUAAUGAAACCAAGGGCAUGGAUGCUGUCGUUGGAGGGUCAAGUGGUCAUGGGACCUCACCUUGACUUUACAACUGGUCUGGCUGCUAUUUUUUCCAGCUACUACAAUUUUAACUUGAAGUAUGCUGAAGAUGCUGCUUGUACUCUGGAAUUUAUCCAAAGGUGCUUCUUGGGCAUCAACCCAGAGACAGGCACAAAAUCUAAGAGGCAGAGAGGUCACAUGAACCAGCAAGUCUGCACUCUUAUCAGGAAGCUCAUUGACUUCGAAUGGAUGUCAAUCUAAUUGGAUAGAACCCACACUAUGCAGGUGCCAGCUGCGAUGGAAGGAGCGAGACACCUGCGACCCUCUCUAUUCCCACCUUUUUGUCUUUUCUUACAUCUCUCUCCCUCACUCUCUCUUCUCUGUCUCCUCCUUUCUCUUUUGACACACGUUCCUGUUACCCAGUGUCAAUCCCUGUUGCCCAGUGUUUUAUUCAUGUAAUUAAAUUGUAUUUUACUUCUAAAAAAUAAAAGUUAUGUCACUGUUUUUA